AUGGGCCGACGUACGGAUUCAGAGUCUGCGCAUUCCCAGGACACUCUUGAGCGCAAGAGAACAGCCAAAGCAUGCGACAGGUGUCGAUUGAAGAAAACAAAGGUACGAUCCAAGACACUUGGUGGCAACAUCGUUAAAUGGAUUUUGCAGUGCAGAGGGAGUCAGCCGUGUGACCGAUGUACGUUAGACAACGCGAUAUGUACAUUCGAUCGCUCACGCAAGGUCUGCCAGAGAACAUAUCCCAAGGGCUACGUUGAGUUACUGGAGAAACAGCAAGACGUUCUUGUUUGCGGUCUCCAGAAAUUGUAUGCCAUUGCAUGCGAUGGAGGACUACGAACGAAGCCGGUAGAGAACACGCAGGAUGGACGCCCUCUCACUACGGAUAUUCUUUCCUGGCUGGGAGAGUUCGACACAGGCAAGCAGAGUCCUUUCUGUGACACAGAAGGUCUGAAGCAGUUGAUAUUGGACCAAGGGAAUUCUACCUCAACUACAGCUGAAGACUUCGAGUGGACCAGCGAGUUGAGUUGCAGUGUGCAAUAUCGUACAGACGAAGACGCGAUGGCCAAAACUGUCGAAGUGCCAGAUUAUGAUAGCGAGAGCAUGUCCUUUACCGACGGCUUUUACUGCGACCCAGGCAUGGACUUGGGGAUGGACUGGGAUCGUGAAUUAUUCUGGCCAUCUAAUAGCUUGACCUGA